ACCGCCGAAGAAGGGCCCUCCUUCUCCUCCCUUCACGCGCGCUCCGCAGAGCCGCGUCUGGCCAUCGCCGGGCGCUCAACGCGCGGCGCGCUCUGGCAGUCCAGGCCGCGGCCCCGGCGGCCUCCCGCGCUGCCGAUGGCCCUCGCCUCGCGGGGCUUCGCGAGCCAGGGCUUUGGCGGGGGCGCCAGCGGCGGGGGCCGCGCGGCGGCCUCGGGCAGCACAGGCUUCGGCGGAGGUGGAGGCCUCGGCGGCGUGCUCGCGCGCGCCGCGCCCGCUGGCCCAGGGCGCGGGGGUCGCCAGGCGCCCCGGCAGCGCCAGGGGCUGGACGACGAGCAGCUGGAGGAGCUGCGGGAGGCGUUCAACCUGUUCGACACCGAGCAUUCUGGCACCAUCGACGCCCGCGAGCUCAAGGCGGCUCUGCGGGCGCUCGGGUUCGAGGUGAAGAAGGAUCGGGCGGCAGGGGUAUGA